AUGUUUUAUAAUCGAUCAGUGUACCAUUAUGCAAAAUUUUACAUUUACCGUUACCAAAUUUUGCGGAAUACAACGAUUUUUAACUGCAUUUCAUUCGUGAAAAGGAAAGUCAUGUCUAGCUCGGUGGACAUUCGUCUUAAUCGACACACAAAAACUUACAAUGAGAACGAUAUCGUUCAAGGUAUAGUGAUUAUAUCUGCGCCGACUUCGUUCAAACAUAAUGGUAUUACGUUAACUGUUGAUGGAUCGGUUCAGUUGCAUUUGAGUGGAAAAAGUGUUGGCGUAUUUGAAGCUUUCUAUAACUCUACAAAACCAGUGUCAUUGAUCAAUCAAACGUUAGAAUUAGCCAAACCAGGUCAAAUAUCAACUGUUCGAACAGAAAUUCCUUUCCAAAUACAAUUAAAAGGCAAACCAAAUAAACCUUUAUAUGAAACGUAUCACGGUGUCUUCGUGAAUAUACAAUAUUUUCUUCGUGUUGAUGUGAAACGAACAUUUCUUUCAAAAGAUAUGACUAAACAAAUUGAAUUCAAUGUGGAAUACAGUCCUACACAUGAACUUGCAGCAGAGAAAGCGGUUGCCAAACCAGCCGCAUUCGAAAUCACAUCCGAAUCCAUACGUGCCGUUCAAAAUAAAGUCGAUGUGCCGAAAUUCAAGAUCUCUGGUCAUCUUGGUAGUCUAUGUUGUACUAUAACCAAUCCAUUAUCCGGCGAAUUAAUUAUCGAAGAAAGUGAAUUACCGAUUAAAUCAUUGGAAAUACAGCUCCUGCGAAUCGAAACAUGUGGAUGUGCUGAAGGAUUUUCACGAGACUCAACAGAAAUUCAAAAUAUUCAGAUAGGCGAUGGCGAUGUCGCGCGUAAAAUCGAAAUUCCCAUUCGAAUGCUCUUCCCACGAACAUUUACAUGUCCAACAUUAAUAACAACCAACUUCAAAAUCGAAUUUGAAAUCAGCAUCGUUCUCGUCUUCGACGAUGAUCGGAUGAUAUCCGAAAACUUUCCACUCCGAUUAACACGUUUUUAA